AUCCGUAAAACUUGGAAGGAGAUUGAGAAGAAAAUCGCAAAGUCGCAAGAUCACUGUGAGAGUCUUUAUAAGAACCGAAAUGAUAAUGAUCGUAAUGUCUCAGAGAUCAAUAGGAAACUUAAUGCCCACUACGAUAUGCAUCUGAGAAUGAUGCGGAUUCUCAUGAAAGAGGAGGAACUUCUAGAAGAAAUGAGUAUUCUAGCCGAUGCUCUGGAUAUUGAUCCAAGAAUUCUCAGUGGAUUGAAUUUUAUCGAGUGCAAAGUGGCUGAUCUAAAGGCCCGCGGUGAAUUGUCCUUCCCGCCGGAAAACUACUAUGGUCCAGUGUUCAGAUAUCUGUCCUUCAAACCGGAAAUUCCCGAAAGUGUUACCCAUAAGUUUAUGUAUGUUCUUAAGCCUCUGUACAGUAUCAUUAUGGUGAAAACCCGAUCAGAUGCCAUGGCACUGCUGGAAUUGGCUAAAGAUCAACUGCAGCGUGGAACAAUGGAACUAAACAUACUGACUCAAGAUAAUUUCUAUGUCCGCGAAAUUCCCGAGGAAGGAAUUGCGAAGAUUCAAGACUGUUUCUUAAUUCACGAAGGACUCUGUGAUACCAAUCAGAGAAGGGUUCUUAAGAACUAUUUGCUGUCGAACGUUGUGAUGAGCGAAAUUGCUGAGGCAAUCCCCGGGGUUACUGUUGUCACUAACCAAGGCGACUUUGUGCUUCAAGGUGGUGCAAUCGGUGGCGGAAGUUAUGCGAAGCAAGUGAUAGACAUUGCUCAAGAUUUGAGGCAUUACUGUUCUCGCGGGCAACUUCUGGAGGAUCAUAGGAAGGAAAAACUUGCCUUGAUGGAAGAUAUAGAACGAUCGAGCAUCGAAUUGGAUGAAUAUCGCGAACAAAUCCAACAAAGACAAAAGAUGAACUUUGACUACUGGACUGUUCAUCCAGUCUAUACGGAUUUAUCCGAACUGAAGAUGCAGAUAAAGACCUAUCUAAAUUGCAGAAUACGCUUCCAGAAGUUUUCUGAGAAUCUGCACGUCGUAAAAGACUACCAAAAGCUCAUUGACGAAAAUGCACUUCAACCAAAAUCGUACUAUUCAGAGGAACUGCAGAAAUUGCACAAUUUGCCUUUAACCCCGGAUCCAAAUCUUGCAGACUAUUUAAAUGCCAUCACAAAGCUCCAUUCGAAUACUGAUCACCUCCAUCAUCUUCUAAAAACUUUCGACGACAAGUACAAUUGGUACGACAAUGGAGACAGAUUCAAGUGUAGCCUUACUAAAGUCGAAUCCGAUUCUGAAGCCUCAUUCAAUGCCAUCUCCGAAGCAUCUAUUCAGAAAGAACUCCAACUGGCCAAAAAACUUGAUGAUAUAGACACCAGAAUUGAGUUAAUUCAGAAGAAAAUCAGAGAUAUUGAAAAGGAUAAGAACGUUUUGAACAAUAUUAUAGACUACUUGCCGGUUACUGAGGAUAAAUGUCGCGAUGCAGUCAAGAAAAACAGGAUUGCAAAGGAAAGAAUUCCGGUUCAUUACUCCAAUAUGAGCGCGGAUGAUAUUGAUACAAGAAUAUCUGAACAACUUCGCAAGUACACUGAAUUGACAGGAUACUCCCAUUUCUUCAAACUCAGUGAAACUGUGAAGAUGGAGUAUAAAUCUUGGAAGAACAAGCAGAGAAAUCUGACUCGCAAAUUGGGCACUGCAAGCAAUAAUGUGAACAAUGAGGUACUCUUCAUAAGUGAUCAAGCACUUACGGUGAAGCAGUUGAAUAUUUUCAAUGAUAUUCUCAAGAAUCUCAAAUUCACGCGUCAAGAUGGAACGUCCUAUCACUUUUCGUUCAUGCUCCUGAUAUCUGCUGACCGUUGGCUUGACUGCGAUAACUUUCAGACAAAGAUGAUCUCACUGACGGAUAUCACUGGGAUGAAGUGGAUUAUUAAAGAAGAAGAUUCCUCAGUGACUGAGUUCAAAGAAAUGUCAGAUGAAUAUCAAGAUCUCUGCAUUAUGGCUGUAAAUUACGCCAUGUAUGCGAUUAAUAAAGCAUCCACACUUCUUUUUGAUCUCGAUGGCAUCGCAGAAUCUUCAACAUGGUACAACAAAGAAGAUAUCGUUAAACUCUUCAACCAUGUGAAAGAUAACCUCCAGGUCAUAAGUCUUUCCCAAGAUCCAAUCAUCGCAGAUUUAUUUCACAAUAUCUCCGUGGAAUAAUCUCUUUAUUACAAACUCUAAAGGUAUUACAAAUAGUCAAAAUAUAUUUGAUUAUCUACUUAAUUAUCCCUAAU